CUGAACAAUUAAUUAUUUAUUUUUUUCUCCAUACUUUUUUUAAAAAUGGAUCAUUUUUUCUUUUAGUUGUUUUUUGGAAAAAGCAAAAUUUCUACAUGAAAAAAGAGCAAGACGAAUUUAAUUAAAUUGUCCAUACUUUCUUUGUAAAUGGGCCAUUUUUUCUUUUAGUUGUUUUUUAGAAAAAAUCAGAAUUUUAACGUGGAAAGUCAAAUUUAAUUAAAUUGUCCAAAAAAGCGCACAUUUUUAAUUCUUUAUACUUUACACCAAUCAAAUUUGGCGCUUAUGUUUCGAUCAAUGAACCUUAUAUCAGCCCACUCAAAUUAAUUUACGUCUAAUGUACGCAUGCCUUAGGUUUUUCGGCUCAAAUAUUAAAGGUCGUGGUAUUAUAUUUUUUACUUUUUUUCUCAAGUACUUUGCUGUGAAGAGUCAGUUCUUCAUCGUUAUUUGCUCGGUAUCCUUAAUUCAGUUUAUUACAUUAUAUCUAAUUUCAGUGUUCUUCAGAUGAAAUUUCAAAUUUUCAAACCGGCUUUCUGAAUUUAAUUAACAAAAAUGGGUUCCUGUUCAAUGUCAAAAAAAGCUGAUAGAAAUAUACAUAUUGAAUCAAAUAUAAAUAAUGAUCAUUCAUAUGCUAUUGGUAGCAUGAUGGGGUGGCACAGUAUAAUGGAGGACAGAAAUGUGGCCAUAUUAUACAACCAUUUCUCGUAUUUUGCUGUUUUCGAUGGGCACGGAGGCGCGACUUGUUCAAACUAUUGCGCUGAAAACUUGCACAACAAUAUAUUGCGGCAAAAGUUGUUCGACGAAGAUAUACCAAAAGCCAUAGAAAAAGGUUUCUUGAUAACAGACCAAAACCUAAGCAGAUUAACAGAUUUAAAAACUAACGGCACGACCGCUUUGUGCUCUAUUAUAACGAGAGGAAAUAUUUAUAUAGCAAACUGUGGAGACAGCAAAGGCUUGCUAUACAACGGCGGUGUCAGUUUUCUCACGCAAGCGCACAAACCAAACUUGCUGGCCGAGAAAGAGCGCAUUAAUAACGCCGGCGGGAUUGUUUCCAAUGCGAGAAUAAAUUGGGGGCAUGGAAGUCUUGGAGUCAGCAGAGCUCUGGGAGAUUUUGAAUUAAAGCAAAAAAAUGGCCUGACUCAAUGUCAACAAAUUCUAUCCCCUUUACCGGAUGUCGAAAAAAUUCAGAGAACUGGCAAGGAGGAGUUUUUGAUUUUGGCGACCGAUGGGGUGUGGGAUGUUUUUACCAACGAUGCUCUAUGUCAAUAUAUUCAAAACAGAUUAUUUAUAACCGACGACUUGGCUGAAAUUGUAACCCAAGUCAUAGAUACCUGCUAUUACAAAGGAUCUACCGAUAACAUAACGCUAGUUCUAAUAUGUUUCCCAAAUUGUCCAAAACCCACAUUAGAAGCCAAAUAUGCGGAAAAAUUACUAGAUGACACCAUAGAAAUUUGUUUUAGAGAAAUCUUCGAGCAAAAUCCUGAUCAGGACUACUACGGCAUUUUAAGAAAAUUGUACUGGGAGAAAAACAUACCGAACUUGCCCCCAGGCGGAGGGAUACAAGCCAAGCGCAAAUGGAUUGAUACUUUAUACAGCAGGUAUAAUCCAACUUAUGAUAUAAGUGAAUUUACUUGCAGCAGGAUUAAUUAGAUUUUAUAUUCCAAGAUUACUAAAUAUUGUGAUAUGUGUAUUUUUUCAAUGUUUACAAAAAUUC